CUAUAUAGAUUUCACGGUACUCUGAUUAGACCAGUAGACUUGAAACUUUUAAGUUAAUUGGUAGUACGGUUCUCAGUAAGUUCUAACCAGGAUGUUAUAAAGUUGAUCAUGUCGGAACAUUCGUUUUUUACUUUGUGUGUUUUGUGUCUUGGAUUGUUUCAGUAUGGGUCAUCUGAAAAGAUAUCGUUUGACACCGGUAUAAGUCUGGACGUUGUUGACCCCGACCUGUUGGGAGCUGAAAAAGAUAAUCUUGCUGAUCCUGUAAAUACAGGGAGUUACUUGUUUAAAGCAAACAGUAAUGAUGACACCAGAGCCUUGACAUUGAACAUAUUGGUACGAGAUUUCAAGUCGCCAAGUUCACUGUACUUCAGGGCUCAUCCAACUUUCUUGAAAUGUGUACAAGCCGCCAUGACGCAACUCAGAAAUGCUGAUAAACAGGUUAAAGUUAAGCAGGGGUUCCAAACAUUGAGUGACGUUUCAGGUGGUGUAACCGACCAAGACAAUUACCUAAGAAGUGGUGCCGGUAUCACUCUCGAGUUUAAGGCUGGAGUGACUGGUACUAUAGAUGAUAUCGUCACUGCUGUAUUAAAAACAUGCCCUGUUCCAAUGAUGAAAAUGGAGAGAGAUAUAGGUGUUGAGAAAUUUGCAGAUAGUGUCCAUGUUCACAUGAAAGGAGCUGAUUAUGAUUCAGGCCCAACGUUUACUGGUUUAACAAAUGAACAAACACACAUAAGUGCUGGAUUAGAUCCACAGAAAAUCCCCGACUGCUCCAAUCUUAACACAGUUGCAAAUGGUGCUUAUUACCCCGGUGGAUACGACGAUCCAACACAAGUAGUAGGGAUAGUGGAUGAACCAGUGGAUAGAACUAUGACGGUGGAUGCUAGCAGGCUUGUACAGUAUCUUGGUGACAACGUCGACUUCAGUGAUUGUCCAAUUUAUACAGGAAAUACACUAACUGCAACAACGAUAACUAAGCAAAGGUGUGCACAAAGAACGAUGACAACAAGAAUGUACAAUGCUGUCAAAUACUUACAAAAAAUGGUUAGAGAUAAUAUGUCAGACAAAUUGGUUAUCACAAAAGCAUGGGAUGAUGAUGGUACAAAUCAAGACUCACUGCAUUCUGAAGGUAGAGCCCUCGAAGUGGAAAUGGUGACAUCAACCGAUAUGGCAAUGUUGUCACGAUAUGCUAUAUGUGCAGGAGUGGAUUAUGUUGCAAAUAAAGUAUAUAGGAGAAGUGAUUCAAACACGAAUACGAUUUCAUUACAUUUGAACAUAGGUGAUCACCUCUUGUUGGCUGUAAAGAAAAUGAAGGGUGAUAUAGCUAAUAUGAUCCAGUUUAAAUCCAUUCAACUGAUGGGAGUAGAACCAGCAUCUUCGAAAAAUUCAUAUUACAGUCUGCCAUCUGAAUUCACAGAAAAGGAGAUUAAUGCCAAAUAUUCCCUGUUUGACAGUAGUGGUCGGGAAGAUUUCAAGCUUAAUGACAAUGCUACUGUUGGGAUGUUUAUGUCACAAGAUCCAGACUAUCGUUACUUCAGAUUAGACCCUAGAAUUGUCGAAUGCUAUUCUUCCAUAGUUGAAAGUGAAAACAAAAACUCAGAGGACUUGAUUGAAGUAGAAGUGCUUCGUGGAUUCAUAUCCAAUCCCGAACAAGCAUCUUUGAUGGAUGUUAUGGACGAUAGAUACGAAACACACACUUUGGGAGUGGCUAUACAGAUAAGGUACAAAAAUGGAACCCUUGGCCCGGAGUUUACACCUCAAAGACUUGCACAGAAGGCUGUUGAGCAGUGUUCACCUGUUUUCAAUCACACCGGAAGUGACGAAGAGGCUGCGGGAAUUGGUUUAUACAAAGAUAGUGUUUUUGUUGAUAUCAGAGACCAGUUUGAAUUGUGGGUAGAAAAAGAUGAAUACAUUCCAACAGGAUAUACACUUGAGACGUACACUGAUUUUAUGGAAAAAAGAGCUGAACUCGCAAAUGACUUCCGUAUUGUUGACCCAGACGAUCUGACAGAAGCAUGCGCUCUUGCACAUCCUCCAGCGAAGCAGUCCCUAACUUAUGAUUAUGAUGAACCCGAAAUUUCCAAACGUAAAAGACGACGCAAGCGUGCAACGGCUGACGACUGCAUACCAACCUAUUCUACACCUCAUUGCACAUUAGUCGCCAAACACCUCCAGGAAGAGGUAGAAGAGAUUUGGACUGAAACCAAUAGAAAAUGGAUCUAUCGCAAUGCAAGUGAAGUAAAAGAAGCGCUGGACAACUGUUUAGGCAUUUGUGGAACUUGUCUUACAGGUGCAAUUUAUGAUGCUAAGCUGAAGCACUGUAACAACUUACUUCAUUGGCUACCAUUUGAAAUGAUGAACGACGAUCCAGACAUUACCAACUUUUAUCCACGUGACAACUUGAUAGCAAGAGGUUUGGCCUGUAAUGGUGGUGAACAUUGCCUGGAAAAGGCGCCGUUGUUUUCUAUUUUGAUGCCAUCCAUUAAGAGAUUAUACAGACCUGACCCCACCAAGAGUGUGAAGGAAUUGAUAUAUGCCUCUGAGGAGAACCCUACUCCAUGUCCACAGAUUCUGGAUGAGUUGUAUGCCAGUCAUGCUAAAGGAAUCGUCAAGUUUUGGGUUGCUGACGAAACUGAUAUAACCUCGUUUAAACAUGGGCUCCAGACUGCUAUGUUGUACAACAAAGACGUGACCAAAAUCCAGGUUUUCGUACUAAAUGCCCACAGCAAAGAAGUAGUUGAUGGUGUCCUUCAGGGUUUCACCAGGGAAUUUGCUACCACUGGAUGUCCUAAAUAUUCAAGAGAAACUGUAGCUGAGUUUGAAAUCCUCGAUCCACCUCAUCAUGUGCGUAGGAGAGCUGCAUCACACGUCCACAACCACAAGAACAAGUUAGUUCUAGACGCAAUGAACUGGGAGAUGAAUGACUUGAGAGGACCAUAG